AUGAUAGAAAUAAAUGAAACAGUGUCACGAUUGUGCAAAGAGAAAGUUACGUUACGAAUCACGUCCACAUCGGUGUCGUUUAUAAAUGCCGAUUUGAUUCGUUCGAAUGGAGUUUUCAUGCAAAUUUCACUAGUGAAUAUGCGAUUAACAAAAAUUGGAAAUACACCGCAUGUGAAAGUUGAGCAAAAGAGUUUUGGAGUUGUUCACGAAAUGCCUGUGGAUUUAAUUCCAACUCGACAAUGGAAGCACUACGCCAUACCUAAUAUUGACGGUGCCACGGUAGCGAUAUAUUUACCGCCGUUGGGCACUAUCCGCAGUCUGAUUUCAUCGCUGAAAAAUAUGGGCAUAAAACAUUUGCUGAUCCGUGGUAAUCAAAGUGGUCAGUUGCAAUUGAGUGGUGAUGUCGAUACGGCGCAAAUUGGUGUCUAUUUCUCGGAUUUGACGUGUUCUUCUCUCAAUAAUAAUAACGAUGGAAAUAACGAUCUGCUGAACGAUCCGAAUAAAUACCAUGCGGUUUGUGUUGAUAUUCGUUCAGUAAAUGGUUUGAUGCGAAGGAUUGUUCCCGAUAAAAUGGCGAUAUUUUCGAUUGAUCAAGAGGACGCUUCUUUACUGUACAUUGUUGGUGGUGUGGUGCUGUGA